AUGGAUUUGAUUUGCCAAUACCCAAGAAGAUCCGACAUUCUAUCCCACGAGGCCAAAUUUGAACAACAGGAGCGGCUGCAAUAUGAAGUGAAUAGCUCUGAAAGUUCACGUUGCUCGUCCGCGGUUGUCGGAAGCCCAAGAUCAUCAGCCUCAGGAUUCCCUUCCUCGCAAUCACCGCUCAAGUUGUUGAGAGUUGAUGAACACCCCAACUCGCGUUUGCGGUCACAAACAUCACAGAUUCUUACGCCGACAGAAUCCACACUGCUCGAUCACUAUCUCGAACACACUAGCAAAGAUAUGACAGUCGACCACGAAGACCAAUACACUUUGCAGGUCGGAAUUCCGAAUCUAGCUUUCCAGAACAAGCUCCUCAUGAAAUCCGUGCUUGCAUUUUCGGCAGUAUGUAAAUGUUGCGAUAUUAUCAACCAGUCGCCGAUAUCCCAUGGAGACCGUGGACAAGUUCUGGAGCUUCUAUCUAUCGCAGAUCAAUAUCACGUGGAAUCACUGCGGGAGAUCCAAGUCACUCUCUCAGGGACUGAUCAAUACGACCAUAUCCUUGCGAACGCCGCAAUUAUGGGAAUGUACGGAUCGGGCAGCCACUGCAUCCGAAUCUGGCUAGCGGAAACAGCAUCCUCCGAUGACUUAGAACGGGGCCGGUUUAUGCCAAAAGGCUGUCAGUGGAUUAGUCUCUUCCGCGCCGUGCGCGUCGCCUACACGGGACUACUCAACGAAAGCCUCAAAACAGAGGAGUUGGUUCAACUUGGGCCGGUCGCCUCAUCCAUUAACCCUGUGGCAAGUUGUGAUUUUCAGAUGCGUCACGAAUGCAAGUUGUCAUCUUGGGGUGAGCAGCAAUCAGGCCCCAAAGAUCAUGUUUUGUAUCCCAUUAUGGCUGCCACGGUGGUAUCCGCACUGAAAAGGCUGCGGGAAAGCGCCAAAGAAAUCACCAGAAACGGAAUGGGUGAUUAUGGAGACUGGGAUACACCACCUACCCAUAGUGACUCCAACAUAAAAGCAUGUUUUGCUGCGUUGGAGCUAUUCGAAAACAUUGCAUGCGAGACUUUUCAUGAUAAAAACUUGAUGUCAAACACGCCAGGCCAUUACAAUCUCGCUUCUGAAGUCGAUAUUAGUGAUGUGGGACAAGUCUCGAAAGUUUCGCCCUGGAUGUGGAGAUACACAGCCAGAAUAACUUCGAUGAUACCGUCGAGGCUUCCGCGAAGGUUCAUUAUGGCAUUUAUUCACAAAGUACCUACGAAAUAUUUGAACUUGGUUGAAGACAUGAUGGGUUAUAUGCAAAGCGGAGCACCGGGCAGUCGUGGAAUUGCCGUGUGCCCUCUGAAUCCCCUGAAUUCGGAGCCUAGUCUAUCACACCAGCUAGCUGUGGACAUAUUUGCCCAUUGGAUUGUUCUGGUUAUGUUAAUAGACAAGGUGUGGUGGAUUGGUGGCAUUGGAGUUUGGGAACUUAGGCAACUUAUCAUCCUUAGGCGAGAUACGCGAUGGCGUAUGUCUCUGUGGAAGAGAUAUGAAAAUUGGUGGCCGGAAAGUAUGUUUGAAAUCAGUCGACAGUUCAACAAACAUCGAGCGACAGAUUGA